AUGAGGCAAUUUAAACUUAAGCUUCAACCAAAGAAGGUGCACUAACAUCUAGAGGCUACCUGAGUGCAGCGCCUGACCCCACAAGACUCGACCUCGUCAACCUCCUACAGAAGCACAAUGGAAGACCCAUGGCAGAAACCAUAUGACUUUGCUGUGUCAGUGGCAAGAAAAGCUGGGGCGGAAAUUAGGAAAGCUGGGGAGAGUGAAAUAAAAGUUUGUACAAAGAGCUCCACUGUGGACCUCGUCACCAAGACCGAUGAACGGGUGGAGAAAAUCAUCAUCGGGUCUCUUAAGGAGGAGUUUGGAGAAGGCACACACUGUUUCAUUGGGGAGGAGUCGGUCGCAAAGGGAGAGUCAUGUAUCUUGACAGACAAACCCACAUGGAUCAUAGACCCGGUGGACGGCACCACGAACUUUGUACACGGAUUCCCCUUCGUGGCUGUGUCUAUCGCCUUUGCUGUCAACAAGCAGUUGGAGUUUGGAGUGAUAUACAGCUGCUUGGAGGACAAGAUGUACAAAGCGAGGAGGGGGAAGGGAGCUUUCUGCGACGACGAACCAAUUCAGGUGUCUGACGUGAAAGAUAUCAACAAGUCCAUUAUCAUUUCUGAGCAUGGGACUGAUAGAACCCCAGAAAAAGUGAAGAAGAUCUUCUCCACCAUGCAAAAGAUCCUCUGCAUCCCAGUGCACGGGCUCCGUGGGUCGGGAACAGCUGCCACUAACAUGUGUCUGGUGGCCACCGGGGCAGUGGAGGCCUUUUUCGAGAUCGGGAUCCACUGCUGGGACAUCGCUGCCGGAGCAGUUAUAGUCCAGGAAGCAGGAGGAAUCCUCCUGGAUGUUGACGGAGGACCGUUCGAUCUGAUGUCUCGAAGGAUGGUUUCAGCAAACAAUGAUGUUAUUGCUAAGCGGAUCAUCAAGGAAAUCGAAAUAUUCCCCGCGGAAAGGGACGAUGCUCCAGUCCAGAAGAAAUGUUAAGAUUCUUAAAGCCUGUUUACACUGAAUUUCCACUGCACUGCGAAAAAAAAUGAGAAAAGCUACGUUUAUAUGUUUUCUGAAUAAAGUCACUUUGCUUGAUCGCCA